AUGGUUCUACCCAAUGAAAAGGUACCAAGCCAGAAAAGUAAACUCAAAUGGAGUAAGGAAGCAACUACACUUUUGAUAAGUGGGUGGCUUAAUACAUCUAAAGAUGCUAUCGUGGGGAAUGACAAAAAUUUUGCAAAAUUUUGGGAUCAGAUCGCAGAAUACUUCAACACCAACCACAAAGAUGAGGAACGAAGAAAUGAGAAACAAUGGAAAGACCAUUGGAACAAGACGAAUCAAAAUGUGGCGCGUUUCAAUGGGUGUUAUAAACGAGUACAACAAGCACAUCACAGUGACAUCAAUGACCAUGAAGUACAUGAAGUGCGCCCUAAUGGCCAAAAGGCAGAAUAUCAGUUUCGAAGAAGAUUUAGAAUGCAUAAGCAAGUUUUCCUACGCAUAGUGCAAGCUCUAGAAAACCAUUCGAAUUAUUUCCAAAUGAGGUUUGAUGAAGCUGGUUGUUGUGUAAAAUCGAUAUGA